CUGCGAGUCUGGAUAAUUUCCUCAUCGUGCCUGCAAGUGUUAAAAGAAAUAUAUUAAAAAUAAAUAAAGAAUUCUAACAAGAGCAAAUUGCUUCAGUGCCAUAAACACAAUCCAAUAAUUGCCGUUAACGGGCCCCAUUUGCAAAACCUUUCCGUCGAAAACAUAAAAAUCAUUCGGCCGCAACACAUUUAAAUUUAUUUACUUUUAAAUCAUUUACUUGAAACAAAAAAAUGUGCUAGCGUUUAAAGAGCCCAUUUAGUUGGAUUUUGCGCUAAACGGAUCUUUCCUAUUGGGAUUUAUCGACGGUGGCCAAACUGCAACAAUACCAGCGGCAAAACGGAUAGCUGCCCGAGAUAUAGCAAAAACGUGUGCCAUGAAGGAGAAAAGCAAAAAUGCGGCACGCACGCGACGUGAAAAGGAAAACACGGAAUUCUGCGAAUUGGCCAAAUUACUGCCGCUGCCAGCGGCGAUUACUUCGCAACUGGACAAGGCCUCCGUCAUCCGGCUGACCACAUCGUAUUUGAAAAUGCGCCAGGUCUUUCCCGAUGGACUUGGUGAAGCCUGGGGCUCCUCGCCCGCCAUGCAACGUGGUGCCACCAUCAAGGAGCUGGGCUCCCAUCUGCUGCAGACGCUGGACGGCUUCAUCUUCGUGGUGGCUCCGGAUGGCAAAAUCAUGUACAUCUCGGAAACGGCCUCCGUGCAUUUGGGCCUCAGUCAGGUUGAGCUGACGGGCAACUCGAUAUUCGAGUACAUCCACAACUACGAUCAGGACGAGAUGAACGCCAUUUUGUCGCUGCAUCCGCACAUCAACCAGCAUCCAGCCGCCUUUCUCAACUCCCUACAGCUCGCCCAGACGCACACGCCCAUCGGCAGUCCAAAUGGCGUCCAGCACCCAUCCGCCUAUGACCACGAUCGCGGAUCGCACACCAUCGAGAUCGAGAAGACCUUCUUCCUGCGCAUGAAGUGUGUCCUGGCCAAGAGGAAUGCGGGGCUGACCACCUCCGGUUUUAAGGUGAUACACUGCUCCGGUUAUCUGAAGGCUCGCAUCUAUCCCGAUCGCGGGGAUGGACAGGGCAGCCUCAUCCAGAAUCUCGGCCUGGUGGCCGUCGGUCACUCGUUGCCUUCAUCUGCCAUCACAGAAAUCAAGCUGCACCAGAAUAUGUUCAUGUUCCGGGCCAAGCUAGACAUGAAGCUCAUCUUCUUCGAUGCACGCGUAUCGCAGCUAACCGGAUACGAACCGCAGGACCUCAUCGAGAAGACCCUGUAUCAGUACAUCCACGCCGCGGACAUAAUGGCCAUGCGCUGCUCCCAUCAAAUCCUGCUGUACAAAGGACAAGUGACCACCAAAUACUACCGCUUCCUGACCAAGGGCGGUGGCUGGGUGUGGGUGCAGUCGUACGCCACCCUGGUGCACAACUCGCGAUCCUCGCGAGAAGUGUUCAUCGUGAGCGUGAACUAUGUGCUGAGCGAACGAGAGGUGAAAGACUUGGUGCUGAACGAGAUUCAAACGGGCGUUGUGAAGCGGGAGCCCAUCUCGCCGGCGGCCCAGGCGGCCCAAGCGGCGGCUCAAGCGGCCCAGGCAGCUCAGGCAGCUCAGGCGGCCCAGGCGGCACAGGCGGCCCAAGCGGUCCAGGCGGCCCAGGUGGUGGUGGUGCCCCAACAGGCGGUGGUGCAACCCCAAUGCGCCGGCGCAACGGGUCAGCCGGUGGGUGGUCCGGGAACGCCCGUCAGCCUGGCCCUGAGUGCCAGUCCCAAGUUGGAUCCCUACUUUGAGCCGGAGUUGCCCUUGCAGCCGCCCAAUGCCGUCACGCCCGUGCCCUCAUCCAACAACAGUAGCAGUAAUAAUAAUAAUAACAAUAAUGGCGUGUGGCACCACCAUCAGAUGCAACAGCAAUCGGGCAGUAUGGAUCACGAUAGCCUGAGCUACACCCAACUGUAUCCCCCGCUCAAUGACCUGGUGGUCAGUUCGAGUAGUAGUGUGGGCGGAGGCACUGCCUCAAGUGCGGGAGGUGGCUCCAGUGCCUCGGCCUCGUCCUCAGGCGUCUACUCCACGGAAAUGCAAUAUCCGGACACCACCACCGGCAAUCUGUACUACAAUAAUAACAAUCAUUAUUAUUAUGACUACGAUGCCACGGUGGAUGUGGCCACCUCGAUGAUUCGUCCCUUUUCGGCCAAUUCGAAUAGCUGUUCCAGCAGUUCGGAAAGUGAGCGUCAGUUGUCCACCGGCAAUGCCUCGAUUGUGAAUGGUACAUCGCCCUCUCAAACGACAUAUAGCGAUCUGAGUCACAAUUUUGAGCUGAGCUACUUUUCCGACAACAGCUCGCAACAGCAGCAGCAACAUCAGCAGCAGCAGCAGCAACAUCUGAUGGAGCAGCAACACCUGCAACAGCAGCAGCAAAGAUUGCAUCCGCAACAGCAGCAGCAGCAGCAACACCAGCAAUAUCACUAUGCCAUGCCCCACCAGCAGCAGCAACAGCAACAGCAGCAACAUCAGAGAGUCGUCAGCGAUUUCGCCGAGAGUUUCAAGAGCGUAAAUGCUGCUGCUGCGGCUGCGGCAGUGGUGGCCACGCCCCAUUACACCAGCGUUAUUGUGGAGCCCCAGCAUUAUAUACCCAACGAUUUUGUGCAUUAACAGCAACUAGAUGUUGCCGCCGCUUAUGCUGCUGUUGUUGUUUCUAAAACGCCGACUGCCCCCUCCGCCGGAUUCAAGUUGUUGCAAUGUUAUAUACACCUCUGAGUUCUCAGUUCCAAAUUGUAAUAUGUGGCUGAGCCACACAAAAACAUCUGAAUUUCUAGAACCUCUCUAUUCUGUUUUAUUUAUUGAAUAUCUUAUAUCCAACCCAACCUCCCCGAUUGCGUUCACGUCAAAAAGUUCAGUGUAAAGUUACAAAGAAAUUGAUACGUAUAACAAAAAA